AGAGCGCUACGGGGCGGAGAUGGGAGGCCCGGGCUGCCCUGGUAGUAGUAGUUUCGCGGCACUCUCGCUCCCGCUUCCCCGGCGGUCGCUUCACACCACGCCGCCGAGACACAGCGACUCCUCCGCCGGGACCCUACCGCCGCGCCGGGGCAGACCGCGCAAGCGGGGGCGGGCCUCUGAGCGGUGCGGCCAAUGGGGACUGGGCCUGAAGGCCGGGGCGGGGCGGCCCCGGCGCGACGCCGGGAGUGGCGGUUGUUUCAAGAUGGCGGACGUGGCGGGGCCCCUCCCGCCGGGGGCGGCGGCGUUCUGGAGCCGGGACUUUUCUGAUGAAGAACAAUCAGUAGUAUAUGUUCCAGGAAUUUCUACAGAAGGAAAUACCAAAUCAAGACACAAGUUAAGUCCAAAAGCUGAUGUUAAGCUUAAGACUUCCGGGGUUACUGCCGCUUCAAUCUCCAUGGAGUCUUUAAAAGGUGCAGGAGAUUCAGUAGAUGAACAGAAUUUCUGCAGGGGAGGAAUAAAGAGUGCAUCAUUGAAGGAUUUAUGUCUCGAAGACAAAAGACGCAUUGCAAAUUUAAUUAAAGAACUGGCCAGAGUAAGUGAGGAAAAGGAAGUGACAGAAGAACGAUUCCGAGCUGAGCAGGAAUCAUUUGAGAAGAAGAUCAGGCAGUUGGAGGAACAGAACGAUCUGAUCAUCAAAGAAAGGGAAGCUCUUCAGCUACAGUAUAGAGAAUGCCAAGAACUUCUAAGUCUCUAUCAGAAAUAUUUAUCAGAACAGCAAGAGAAGCUCACCAUGUCUCUCUCAGAACUUGGUGCUGCUAGAAUGCAGGAACAACAGGUAUCCAACAGGAAAAGCACUCUUCGGUCUUCAGCUAUGGAACUAGAUGGUUCCUACUUGAGUGUAGCCAAAUCACAAACCUGCUAUCAAACCAAGCAGAGGCCUAAGUCUGCAAACCAGGACUCAGCUUCAGAAGCCCUUCUGGAGUUUAGGAAUAAUUCUUUGAAACCGGCAGACUUACGUUAUCCCACAGCAGACCUAGACAGAGUGCCAUCAGAGACCAGAACAUGUGAUUAUGGAUCCCCAGGGAGAAAACUAGCAGAUACAGUCCCUAGAGAGAAGGUUUCACCACUGGAACUGAAGAUGAAAGAAUGCCAACCCCUGAAGCCUACUCCAUCCAGUCAGUGUUGUGCUCAUAGACUUUCUGAAAAUGCAGAUCCUAUUCAUGAAAGCCAUCCUACACACAUGGCCCCUCAAUAUUCCAGAACACAUCUGGAAUCAUGCAGUUAUUGUGGGCUUUCCUGGACAUCCCUGAUGCAUGGUCAAGGGACACAGCAGUCUAGUGAAACUGAUGUCAAAAAGCAACUCUCAGAAAAUAGAAGACAGCAACUUAUGCUUCAGAAAAUGGAGCUGGAAAUUGAAAAAGAGCGCCUUCAGCAUCUGCUGACCCAGCAGGAGACAAAGCUUCUCCUAAAACAGCAGCAGCUUCAUCAGUCUCGACUGGAUUACAAUUGGUUAAGAACUCAAGCUGUAUUUAAGUCAAGAGAACUCCUUGCUGCUAAAGAGUUUAUCAAACCCCGAGAACUCAAUCUGGAUAUGAAUGGGGAUGACUCUGGACCAAGUUUAUUGAAGUCAAAAUGUGACGGCUGGCUGCUAGGAGCAUCAUCAUCCAUCAGAAAGUACCAAGAGUCCACUAACAGCGGUGAGACUAGAAGGGAGAAGAAGACAGUUGGGUUUCAAUCACAUACAGAAGAUGAUACCCUAUGGACAUGUCAAAAGAAAGAUACACAUCGACCCCAAAGAGGAACAGUGGCAGGAGUUAGAAAAGAUGCGUCCACAUCUCCAAUGACAACAGGAAGCCAAAAGGAACUUGUAAUUGCAAACUCAUCGGCACUGCAGCCUGAGGCUUCCCGGUAUGAGACGUCUCUGCUGGAUUUGGUUCAAUCUCUGAGUCCAAAGUCUGCUCCCAAACCUCAGCCCCAUCCCUCCAGAGAAGCCGGGGCCUGGAAUCACAGUACUCGCCGACUCAGCCCUCGAAAAUCAGCCUGGAACAAGAUGGGGACAGGCAGGACCCCCGAAGACCUGGAGGAGAAUCAAAUUCUGGAAGAUAUCUUUUUCAUUUGACAUUGAAACACACGCUACAAAAUUUCCAUCCAAAUUGUGUGGGCUUCUUUCUAUACUGAUGUAGGAUUUUAAAUUAUUUGAUUGCAAAGUAA